CAAAAUGACAACUAGCGCCACGGUGCGGGAAUUUUCUCCUUCUGACAUUUUGUUUGUGGGGAAGACGCGUUUGUUUGCACAUCACACGCGGAUUUUGAUUGAUUUUGUGGGAACCCUGAGGAAGUAAUCGUGGAGAGAAUGUCCGCAAUAUAUACGCAGCAACAGCAGCAGCCACCACCACCACAGCGUGGUCCUCCGGGGGCUCCAAAUCGCGUGAUACCCCAACCACCGAGUACGGCGACCAUACAGAAGAUACUGGAUGAGAAUUGUAGCCUCAUCCAGAGUAUUCAGGCGUACCAGAGUGAGGGAAAGCACCAGGAGUGCAUGUCGCACCAGCAGGCACUCCAUCGGAAUCUCGUCUACCUGGCCAAUUUGGCAGAUUCCACCCAGAAUAUCCCGCAAAUUCUUCCACCACCGCAUAUUCUGCAAUCAAUGCCACCGGGACCGGGAAUGCAUCCUGGCCCACCGGGAAAUGCUCCACCACAGAUUGGUGGCCCAAUUCCAGCACCUGGGCAUGCUCAGGUUGAGGGGAAUCAGCCCCCGAGUCAGCCUGGACCGAAUUAUAAUGCUCCACCGGGGGGACAAAUUCCACCGGCUUCACAGCCACAGGCGCAGCAGGGGCAGCAGCAUCAUGCUCCAGCUCCACCCACAGGAGCUCAGCAGCCACCACAGCAACCGCAGCAGGCACAGCAGCCACCGCAGCAGCCACCACAUCAACCGCCAACAACUCAGCAACAGAAUGCAGCUCCUGGGGGACGUCCAGGUGGUCCCCCUCAGCCACAGGCACCACAGAAUCAGGCACCGCAGCAGCCGCAACAGCAGCCUCCACCUCCGCCACAAGCCUAUCCCAGGGCUGGAGCAUAUCAGCAGCAUGCACACUAUCCGGGUUAUCCACCACAGGGACAACCCUAUCCAGCACAAGGCUAUCCUGGCCCAAUGUCAUACGGCCCUCCCGGACAGAACUAUCCACCCAAUAGUGGAGCUCCUGGUGGAUACCAUCACGGUGCUCUGCCACCGACUGUCACAUCAGCAGGUGCUCCACCACCUGUCAGUGCGUACCACAGUACGUCACAGCAUCAAGCCGGUCCUGGGGGUUAUCCUCCACCACCCAAUAGCCAACCAUCUGGGCAGCAGCAGCCCCUCUAUGGGCCCCCUGUUUCACAAGCACCUCCCGGACAAUAUCCUCCACCUGCAUCAAGCGGCCCGCCGCCCCCAAUGGGAGCUUACUCAGGCUAUGGGGCUCAAAGCCCGAGCGCCACCUCGUAUGGGCAGCCCGGUGCUCAGGGGCAGAUGCCACCGGCUCAGGGAGCCUACCCUCCAGCUCCGGGGCAACAAACCUAUCCGCCCCAGCAACAGUAUCAACCACCAGCUGGCUAUCCAGCUCCACAGCCACCAAUGGGUCAUCCUCAGGUAUCGGCUGCCAGUCAAGGACCUCCUCCGCAAUCAUCUGCACCCCCAGCUGGAGCUCCACCAGCUCCCGGGGCCAAUUACACAAAUCAACCAAGUCCCGGACAAACCCCAUCGCCCAAUUCCAAUGGAGCUGCUCCACCAACUACUCAUCCGGGCCCCAUUGCUGCUCCGGCACCUCAGCAAUCGUAUCCACCACCACCGGUUUCCGGAACACCCCCCAAUCAACCGUACUCCUCGCCACCGUCUUCCGUGACACAGACAACGUAUUCCCAGGCUCCACCGAGCACUUCCUCAUCACCAGCCCCAACUGGAGCCUAUCAGCCGCCUGUGUCGCAACCCUAUGCUCCCCCACCGGGGGCACAGCCCUACUCAGGACCAGCUGGAGCACCGGCUCAGUAUCCACCGCAUGGGUAUCAUCAGCAGGGCUAUCCACCAUCGCCAAUGCCUCAGGGGCAGUACCCUGCACCACAGGGGUAUCCGUAUCAGCGUCCUGCAGCAGGGCAGAUGCCACCGCCAGGACCCCAAGGAGCCUACACGUAUGGCUAUCAACCUCCACAGUAGGCGCAGUACCCUGCUGAGGGAAUUGCCGAGAUUGUAUCGUGACUUGAUGUGCAGAAUGUUUUAGCAUGGAGAUGAGUCUCUGCCGUGUAUCUCAAUUUUACAUUAUUACUGCUAAUCUCUCCUAUAUGUAGUCUCUCGAUGUGUCAAUAGAAGAACGUCUCAAAUAA